CUGGAAAUGAAAGGCAUGUAAAUGAGAUGCAAAUUAGACUCCAUUGUCCCUGGCUAGGGCGCUUUUGCUCAGAAGGCUGUUGGAGUCUGAGGGCUUUAACAUGGGAGUGGUUCUCAAGCCUCCAGCAGAUUCCCUCAGUGUCCCUUUUCCCCAGGCUGACCCUACAGUUCUGAGAGUUUCUGACUUGGGACUGUCUCCUCUGCCCUCACAUCUUUGAGCGUGGAGGUACAAGCCCCUCUGUAACCAAAGUACCAUCACCGCAUCCCCUCUGCACCGCCGCCCCCAUCUACUGUGAAGGUUACAUGGUGACAGGUGACUUAGACACAUCCCUCCUUUUGUCCCUUCUUUCAUCAGGUCAGAGGUCUCCUCUUCCCCUUCAGCCUCCACAGGUGUCACUGCCCCAGCGCCAGCAUAUGGGUGAGGGGGUACCCCCUGGGGCCUGAGCUGCCCCACACAGGAUGCCCCGUGCUUCCCACCUCACGCCCUUGCUGCUGCUGCUGCUGCUGCUGCUGGCACCUCCCCAGGCCCAGGCCAUCUUCCCUCAGGAUCCACUCCCUUUGUUGACCUCUGACCUUCGAGGUUCUUCCCCGUCAUCCUGGUUCCGGGGCCUGGAGGAAGAUGCUGUGGCUGCAGAACUUGGGCUGGACUUUCAGCGAUUCCUCACUUUAAACCGGACUUUGCUGGUGGCUGCCCGGGAUCACGUCUUCUCCUUCGACCUUCAAGCCCAAGAAGAAAGGGAGGGCCUGGUGCCCAACAAGUAUCUAACAUGGCGGAGUCAGGAUGUGGAGAACUGUGCCUUGCGGGGAAAGCUGACGGACGAAUGUUACAACUAUAUCCGUGUCCUUGUUCCUUGGGACUCCCAGACACUCCUUGCCUGUGGAACAAACUCAUUCAGCCCCGUGUGCCGCAGCUAUGGGAUAACUUCGCUGCAGCAGGAGGGCGAGGAGCUGAGUGGGCAGGCUCGGUGCCCAUUUGAUGCCACCCAGUCCAACGUGGCCAUCUUUGCAGAGGGCAGUCUAUACUCAGCCACAGCGGCAGAUUUCCAGGCCAGUGAUGCUGUGGUUUACAGAAGCCUAGGUUCUCAGCCCCCACUCCGCUCUGCCAAGUACGACUCCAAGUGGCUCCGAGAGCCGCAUUUCGUCCAUGCUUUGGAGCACGGAGACCACGUCUAUUUCUUCUUCCGAGAGGUCUCCGUGGAAGAUGCCCGGCUGGGAAGGGUGCAAUUCUCCAGAGUUGCUCGCGUUUGUAAACGUGACAUGGGCGGCUCCCCGCGAGCCUUGGACCGCCACUGGACAUCCUUCCUGAAGCUGCGGCUCAACUGCUCGGUCCCUGGGGACUCUACCUUCUACUUUGAUGUCCUGCAGGCCUUGACUGGGCCUGUGAACCUGCAUGGCCGCACAGCGCUGUUUGGGGUCUUCACCACCCAGACCAACAGCAUCCCUGGCUCUGCAGUCUGUGCCUUCUACCUGGAUGAUAUUGAGCGUGGGUUUGAGGGCAAGUUCAAGGAGCAGAGGAGUCUGGAUGGGGCCUGGACCCCUGUGUCUGAGGACAGGGUGCCCUCACCCAGGCCUGGCUCCUGUGCAGGUGUGGGUGGAGCUGCCUUGUUCUCCUCUUCUCGAGACUUCCCUGAUGAUGUCCUGAUCUUCAUCAAGGCUCACCCACUUCUGGACCCUGCUGUGCCACCUGCCACCCAUCAGCCACUCCUCACCCUCACCAGCAGGGCCCUACUGACCCAGGUAGCUGUGGAUGGCAUGGCUGGUCCCCACAGUAACACCACUGUCCUGUUCCUCGGCUCCCAUGACGGGACAGUGCUGAAGGUGCUGCCCCCGGGGGGCCCAUCCGGGAGACCUGAGCCUGUCUUCCUGGAAGAGAUUGACGCCUACAGCCCCUCCCGGUGCAGUGGGAAGCGGGCAGUGCAGACAGCACGGCGGAUUAUCGGGUUGGAGCUGGACACUGAGAGCCACCGGCUCUUUGUGGCCUUUGCUGGCUGUAUCGUUCACCUCCCGCUCAGCCAGUGCGCCCGGCACGGGGCCUGCCGCAGGAGUUGCCUGGCUUCUCAGGACCCAUACUGUGGCUGGCAUAGCUCCAGGGGCUGUGUGGACAUCCGAGGUGGUGGGAUGGAUGUGGACUGGGUCGGGAGCCAGGACUCCACAGAACACGGGGACUGCCAAGACGGAGCCACAGGAAGCCAGUCUGGCCCCGGGAACUCAGCUUACGUGCUUCUGGGUCCUGGCCCUGCCCCUGAGACCCCCAGUCCCCCCAGUGAUGCCCACCCCCGGCCCCAGUCUUCCACUCUUGGAGCUCACACUCAGGGCGUGCGCCGGGACCUCCCCCCAGCCUCGGCCGCUCGCUCCGUCCCCAUCCCACUCCUUCUGGCCAGCGUGGCCGCAGCCUUCGCCCUGGGCGCCUCAGUCUCGGGCCUCCUGGUCUCCUGUGCAUGUCGCCGCGCCCACCGACGACGUCGAAGCAAGGACAUCGAGACUCCCGGUCUUCCGCGCCCGCUCUCCCUUCGCAGUCUGGCCCGGCUGCAUGGCGGCGGUGGCUGCGGCCCGGAGCCCCCGCCGCCGGGCAAGGACGGAGCCGUCGCACAGACGCCACAGCUCUACAGCACCUUCCUGCCGCCUCCCGAGGCUGUGCCCCUGCCCCCGCCCGAGCUGGCCUGCCUGCCCACCCCGGAGUCCACGCCCGAGCUGCCCGCCAAGCACCACCGCGUCGCCGGGGGGCCCUGGGAGUGGAACCAGAAUGGCAACAACGCCAAGGAGGGCCCGGGUCGUGCGCGGGGCGGGAACGCGGCGGGGGCGCCCGCGCCGCGCGUGCUGGUGAGGCCGCCGCCGCCAGGCUGUCCCGGGCAGGCGGUGGAGGUCACCACCCUGGAGGAACUGCUGCGCUACCUGCACGGCCAGCAGGCGCCCCGCAAGGAGGCCGAGCCACCGGCCCCGUUUACCUCGCGGCCGCUCCCGCCCGAGCCUGUGGCCGCCACCCCCGCGCUCUUUGCAGACCCCAGCCCCCUAGCCCGGGAAUGCAGCCCACCCCUGAGGCUGGACAUCCCCCCGGAGGGCAAGGGCACGGCCCCCGCAGCCCGCCCCGCGCUCUCGGCCCCCGCCCCGCGCCUCGGGGUCGGGGGUGGCCGCAGGUUGCCCUUCUCCAGCCACCGCACGCCCCCUGCCCUGCUCACGCGGGUGCCCUCCGGGGGCACCUCCAGGUACUCAGGGGGUCCUGGCAGGCACCUCCUGUACCUGGGCCGGCCCGAGGGCUACCGAGGCCGCGCCCCGAAGAGAGUGGACAUGGACAAAUCCCCGUUGUCGCCGAAGCCGGCUCUCGUCGGGCCCUCUCACCAGGCCGUCCCUAACGGCAGCCAUUUUAACUUUUAAAGGGAACUGCUCCGACGGCCUCAAGUGGCACACUGAGGCCCAUGGACGCUUCUCCCAGGACAGAUGCCCUCUUCCUCCUGUCUCCCCACCCCCAGCUUUUCCUGGACUCUGAGAGUCUCCUGGGGUCCCUGGUCACCGCGGGGUUAUUUAUUGACUGAAUUUUACCCCACCCCCCUGUCCUCGAGGGAGGAGUGGGAGGCGAGAAGCUUGUCCCCUCAGUGAGCCACAGCAUUUUGGGGGUGCACUGGCUGACUCCCACUCCUUCCACCUCCCUUCCAGCCAAGCUGCCUUAACUCGCCUUCGGGCUUCCUACAUAGACCGGGCCCCGGGCGGGCCGCAUGGCGGGCGGGCGGACAGACGCACGGACGGACGGCCACGGCUGGGGCCACGGCCACGCGCGCGUUGUGUACAGAGUUCUCGGGCCUCCUGGGACUGGGACGUGCCUCCUCCUACUGUGUAGGAGCCUCUGCUUCCCAAUACAGCUGUGUCCCCGA